AUGAAGGCAACAUUUGUUCUCUCCGUUCUCGCUUUCGCAUUUACUACUCGAGCUUGCGACCACUAUAAGUACUGCGCCUGCUUGAAUGCAGAUGGCACCACAAACGAUGAGAUCACCGGCAAGGUGUGCGACUUUGGCUACACUCGCAUCAAAGACCAGCCAUUUCUUGAAUGCAAGCACUUUAGUGGCAAUUGGUUCACAGGGUACUCGGCUUUCGAUAACUGCAAGUUUCGAGAGUCUUGCCAGUAUGUGGGUGGUACGGGUGAUUCACGAUGCCGAGCUAAGUACGGCAUAUUCAAAGCAUAA